AUGGAGAAAUCGAAGAACUUCAGGAUUGACGCUCUGCUCGCUGACGAGACCAACCGGGGGAGCCGCGACCUCUCCCCCGGUCUCAGUAGCGACAGUCCCGCGGGCAGCCCGGUCUCAUGCCGCCGUGCGGACACCCCGUCUCCGCGGGCCUCCCAUCUUCAGACCGGAAUAAUCCCCAAACCGGGUGUCCUCAAUCUCCCGCAUCCAGGACUUGCUUCACUGCCCCAGGGGGCGAUUCCCGGCAUGUAUCCUGCACCCAUGUACCCAUUAUCGGCGUUGGGUGGCCAGCACCCCGCGUUCGCUUACACCGGUUUCACACAGCUAACGCAGACCUACCCGGAGCACCUGAAGGCUGCCAUGGCGGGAUCUCUUCCCCUGGAGCACUGGAUCCGCGCUGGGAUCAUGAUGCCACGACUGCCAGAUUACAGCUCGGGGCCUCAGUCCGGUCUGUUGGGGAAGUGCCGGAGGCCUCGCACCGCCUUCACCAGUCAGCAGCUCCUGGAGCUGGAGAACCAGUUCAAACUCAACAAGUACCUGUCCAGACCCAAACGCUUUGAAGUGGCCACCUCACUCAUGCUGACUGAAACACAGGUCAAGAUCUGGUUCCAAAAUCGAAGGAUGAAGUGGAAACGCAGCCGGAAGGCGAAGGAGCAGGCCACCGCGUCGGCCCAGUCUGAGGCAGAGCGGCUACGCAGUGGAGGAAAAACAUCCUCCGACAAAACUGAUGAGAGCAGACGAGCUGUGAAUCCGGAUGACGGAGGGAUAGAUCUUGACAUGGAGGAUGGGGAAGAGGAGGAAGAGGACGAGGAGGAGGAGGAGGAAGAAGAGGAGGAAGCCCGGCAUGGUUUUCCUGUUGCAAUAGGAAACGGUGUUGGGAUGCCACGAUCCACGGACUUCUUGCAGCGUGGCACUGACGUUGGCUACAACCCCCACAGCCCUUUCUCUGAUGAGGAGCUGGAGGGGGUGCAAGUAGGAGGAGGUGACAGGAAGAUUGGGGCAGGACUGUGAGAAGACACCCAGAAUUUACUGGUUUGAUUUCCUGUUUGUUACAGAGACAUUACACUGGGACAUAUCUGUGUUUGCGGAUACUAGAGAAGACACAUUUCCAAGCCUAAUGGUCUUUGUCCAGUCUGCUCUGUGAAUGUUUAUGUGUUCCAAUGAGGACAUUUGUUGGAAUCACUAAUUAUUCACACAGCUUCCAAACAUACACAGGACUAUGACACAAAUAUACUGUAUAAACUGUCUGUGAAUAGAUCCAUCCCUUAGUACUGCACAUUUCAUAGCAUGCUGAAAAAAAAGGUGCUCAUCUCCUCCCUAAAUUUUAGCUGUUUUCGUGAGUAACUGCCAGUCACCUUGUCUUCACUCCAUCCACUGACAGCUGGAGCUCCACUCAAAGAACGCACACGUGCUACACAAAUGAAGGAUGAGAAGUAAAACAAGUGAACUGUUCAGACAGCGUGAGAAUGUACAGUAGGUGAGGCUUCCCCUGGGUCAUGAAAACAAAAAAAAUUAAACAAGCUGUGUGAUGUUGUGUCUGAAGAAACAACACAGGCUUAGAAACAUCAGCUGCCCUGGAUGUUUUUAAAUACCUUGCAGAACAUCCCAUGUAUUAUAUUUACUUUUGUGCAUUUUAUGUGAAUAUUGAUGUUUUCUCUUUUUUGUUCUUGAUGGUGUUUAUGAAUUUGUUCCUGUCACCUCUCUCACUUACAUGUAAAUGAAUUUAAUUUAUUUGAAUGAUUGCAAAGAUGAAUCACACAUGUAUUUAUCUGAGACUAGUUGUGUAGCUGUGAA